AGAUUAUGCGGAGCACCAUGGUAAAAUAAAUACACCUACUAAGACACCCUUUUACAUCUCAAAAUAAGAGGAUCUCAAACGGCCGGGGCUCACAACUUAUGAAGAAAUUGGGUCUAAUCCGGGACAAAAUUCGUAGGUGCUUUAACAACUUGAAUGAUACACUAAUGGGUCUUAAUGCGCGAUGCCUUAAUGACAAAUUAGUGUCGGGGAAAGUGUAUGAACUCCUUAGAGUAAAAGGGACCCCUAGAACCCCGAUGAGCUUCAUUUGGAAAUCCUACAUCCCGCCUAAAUUUUCAUUUAAUGUAUGGUUGGCUUUGAGGAACCGGCUUCCUACGCAGGAUAGUCUCAGUUACCUUUAUAUAGUUAAUAGAUGUGAUCUGUGCAAGGGUGGAUUGGAAACAAUUCCACACCUGUUCUUCCUUUGCCCCUUUACGUGCAGGGUAUGGGAAAGGGUUCGGGCAUGGAUUGGUGUUGGGCAUCAGAUGACCACGCUUCUUAGUGCAAUCAAAUGGAUUUCCAAGACGCGCAAAGGAGCAACGGUGAAAGCCAAGGCAGGGAGGCUUGCCUUCUGUGCCACGACUUAUUAUAUUUGGCAAGCAAGGAAUGAGACAAGAUUUGAUGAAGGCAAAAAGACUGAAGAAGAUGUGGUUGCUAAGAUCAAGCACGUGGUCUAAAAGAUACUCUUUAGUAUCUACCCGCAUGACUUGAUAAAGUUUUGACGUGGAGUCAAGUUUUGGAUACCACUGCAUAGGCUAUUGAUUGGAUUAUUGCGCGUGCUCCUUGUAGCGCCAUUCAUUGUUUUGACUGUUUUUUGAAUCACCGGCCGCAUGCCUAGUGGCCGUUUGGACUUAGACUAGAUGAUUAGCCUUUUUUCACCCUCUCCUUUUCCUUUGAAAUGGGAGAGGGUGAGAGGCUUUUGCUUUGUGGACACAUUGUACAUGUUAUUUUUGUUUGGGUAUUAAUAUAUAUUUACAUUUCAUCCAAAAA